CUGAAGCCAUCUGAACGUAUCUAAAGGAGACUUUUAGAUCCCCUCGUGAUCAGCGUUUCCUCUUCGGGUCAUGUGACACGAGCCGCCUGAAACUGCACAGUGACAGCAUCCUGGGGAGUUUGGCUGUAGUGGCACAGAUCACAGGUACUAUUCCCUGUGAUGACGUCAGCAGUGGAACGCACAGAUGAGCUGGUCAGAGAAUACCUAACGUUUAGAGGAUUUACCAACACUUUAAAACACUUUGAAGCUGAUAUUAAAACCGACAAGGAGAAAGGAUUUCGUGUGGAUAAAAUAGUGGAACAGCUUCUGCAGUUCAUACAGAGUUAUGAUCUGAGCGGGCUGCUUGAUUAUUGGGCCUAUCUGGAAAGACGCCUCUUCAGCCGUCUGGAAGAUGUUUACCGACCGACUAUUCACAAGCUGAAGACCAGCCUUUUUCGUUACUAUCUUGUGUAUACGGUGCAGACCAACAAAACAGACAAAUCGCAUGAGUUCUUCCAGAAGCAAGCAACUGAGCUACAGAACCAGAAUGAGUGGAAGGAGUGGUUUGCUUUGCCUUUCCUUCCUACCCCUGACCAAAACCCGGCUUUUGCUACAUACUUUUCUCGGCAGUGGGCAGAUACCUUCACUGUAUCGUUGCACAACUUCCUGAGCGUUCUCUUCCAGUGCAUGCCUGUUCCAACAAUUCUCAACUUUGAGGCAGAAUGUCAGAGAAUUUUCCGUGUGCAAGAGGAGAACGAGGCCCUGCGACAGAAGCUUUUUGCUCUGCAGGCAGAGGCUCACCGUAUGAGAAAGGAGGGGGACGAUGGACCCUUAGUACACCACAAGCUGCCUCAUUAUGUCUCCAACAUGGACCGGUUGGGCGAUUCAGAUCUCAACAUAGUAUCAAAUCAGAGAAAUCCUGGACUGAAUGUUCAGUCAUCAAGGACAACGGGAUUUCUCUCUUCUUUACUCCCUCAGAGCAAGAAAGUACCGUCAAAGCCCUCUUCGCCAUCCAUUGCGUCACCGACACAGAGUGCGGGUGUCCUUCCAAUCAAGAAGGAACCAGCCAAUACUCAGGUCCAGAAAACAAAAGAAGUUGUAAACGUGGCUAAAGAAACAAAAAGUGCUCAAAACGUCCUCCUCGUCCCAGGUGCAAGUGAGUCCUCCAGUGUGGUCCAGCAACGGCAACGACGCCUACAGGAGAGGAAAGAGCUUCUGACAAAGUCAUCGUCACAGAGUAUGGAAAAGAAGAAUGCAGAGAAUGUGGACUUAGACCCUGAGUCACGUUCUGAGACACAGAGUAACCAUUUGGAUGCACUGACCAGAGGUUCAGGAGGAACAACUGCAGGGAGCGGCGAGAAACCUGAACAGCCAUUUAUAGUAUUAAGCCAAGAUGAGUAUGGAGAACAUCACUCGUCUAUAAUGCACUGCAGGGUGGACUGCUCAGGGCGCAGGGUUGCAAGUCUGGAUGUUGAUGGAGUGAUCAAAGUUUGGUCUAUUGAUGCUAUCAUGCAGACUAAAGCUUCAGCAAUUUCAAAAUCUCCUCUCCUGUCAUUAGAGUGGGCAACUAAAAGAGAUAGACUGUUGUUGUUGGGGAGCGAGGCUGGAACUGUUCGCCUUUAUGACACGGAAGCUAAGAAGAAUCUCUGUGAGAUUGGAAUAGUUGAGGAUAUGCCAAGGAUCCUCUCACUGGCGUGCAGUCCGAGCGGGGCCUCUUUUGUGUGCUCGGCAGCUGCUCAAAGCUUUCCUUACCAAAACCCAGCAGCAACGGACUUGGGAGAAAAUGGCAGCAACCAGGUACCGGGGAAACUUCUGCUGUGGGACACAAAAACAAUGAAGCAACAGCUCCAGUUCUCACUGGAACCAGAGCCUAUAGCUGUAAACUGCACAGCUUUUAACCACAAUGGGAACUUGCUGGUGACUGGGGCAGCGGAUGGGGUUAUUCGUCUCUUUGACAUGCAGCAGCAUCAGUGUGCGAUGAGCUGGAAAGCCCAUAAAGGGGAGGUUUACUCUGUUGACUUCAGCUAUGAUGAGAAUGCAGUAUACAGUAUCGGGGAGGAUGGGAAGUUUAUCCAGUGGAACAUCCAUAAAAGUGGGCAAAAAGUGUCAGAAUAUUCUUUGCCUCCAGAUGCGACAGGUCCCUUUGUUCUUUCGGGUUACAGCGGAUAUAAACAAGUUCAGUUCCCACGUGGAAGGCUGUUUGCAUUUGAUGCUGAAGGAAAAUAUAUGCUGACGUGUUCAAAUACUGGAGGAGUAAUUUAUAAGCUGAACAGUGAUGGGAGCACCCUGGAGAGCUGUCUUUCCUUGGGGGGCCACAGAGCCCCAGUGGUGACUGUGGACUGGAGCACAGCAGUUGAAUGUGGGACCUGCCUAACUGCCUCUAUGGAUGGAAAAAUCAGACUUACUACCCUCUUGGCACAGAAAUCUUAACGCUUCCAAUUUCCUUUGCUGCCCUAGGGGAGCCUGCAGUGGGCUGCUAUGCAGUGUGCUCCAAGCCCCUCUAGGAGGGCGUUUUAAAACCAAUAUUAUGUAUAUGUAAAUAUAUAUAAAUCUCCUGCUGGUUUGUAAUUGGUGACCAGUUAGCUCACAAUGUGAAAAGGUUGUUUAUUUCAUUCUUCUUGCAAACAAUCAAGAGGAUGCUAUUGAUCGUUGACACAUUCCAUAAUCUUGACAGUGUUAAUAUUACCAAUGAUAGUUUUGCAAGUUAAAUUUCGGAGGUUGUUGUCAUUGCUAGCAGGGACUUAGGGCCACAUACUAAACCUUAUGUAUCUUCUGUAUAAUCAUCUGUUAACAUACACUUCUGGAUUUGUUUUUUAUGAGGUCUCUGGGGUAUCUUUUUUUCCUUCAGUGUUCCAGUGCCCCCUAGAUUUUUUUUGGUCUCCUUUUUUUUUUUUUAAAGGUACAACUCCCUCUCCAUUUUUUUAUUUUUUUUACUUUUUCACCAAGCUAUGCAAUAGAGGGUGUCUGUGACCUAAAAUCAUUUUUUAUUUCCUUGCUCGUUGAUUCGUUAUUGAUGUAACAGUAUUAAUAUUGCUGCUCCACUGCUUUUCAUGACAUUAUUGGACUAAAAACAAAAUGGUCUCCCUAUAAGUCUGCUUUACUGAAAGGGCCUUUAUAUUGGAAAACUCUUCUGGAAAGCAAUAAUAUUGACAAUGUAUGUGAACACCCUAUUGCAGGCUUUAGGGACAGUUUUAAUAAUGCAGCAUAAAAAAACAAACAAACAGUAUUUAAUAAAAAAAUAAAAAUAUAUAUAUAAACAAUGUAAGACCAGUUUUCGAAAUAUAAACUCAGCUUUUAUUUGGGAGAAAAUGUGCCUUUAAGCUUUUUUUAUUUUGUCUUACCCUGUCAAUUGAUAAUUUAUUACAUAGAAUAACUGUGUAUUCAUAAAAGGCAAGCGAUAAUUGUUUUCACAACGUACCAGGAAUGAAAAAAAUCUCUUUUUAGACAAUAAGUAUAUUUUGGGAUUUGUACUUGAUUUAAAUGCCUUCAUUUAAGUCAGAUGCAUGCUUUUUGUCAACUAUUCCUGGAAAUAUCAUAGCAAUAUCUCAAAUUUUCGAUUAAAUUGCCAAAUUCCUGA